CUCUGGUGAGAAACUUCUUGCACCUCGUUGUGAAGCACCGCCUCCAUCUGGAAUAGUUAGCUGCCUGGCGAGUGGCUACAACAAGGCAAAAUAGAAAGAAGCAUGGAGCCGAGUCCCACUAUUCUCCGUGUGAAAAGGAAGCGGGGUACGGACCCCGCCGAUGCUCUCUUGCUGGCAUGUAAGCGCAUCCGACCGGAACCGACAGUAGGCCUACAACCCGCUGGGGAUCCUGUGCCAGAACCAGGUGAAGGGGAGAUCGAGAAUUCCGUCUUCAAACUGGUCGCCACUGUAGCAUCGCAGGAUGCACCGGUGCAGGCACACGUCCGAGAGGCUCUGGCUCGCCCUCGAGUGGCUCACGCCCUGCGCCCGUCCUCCGGGAGCACCCAGAGGAUUGUGGGGGAUCUGCGGAGCGCCAAGUGGGCCACCAGGCGGGAGGAACGUUACCGCGUCCUGUCUACCCACCGGGCGGGGCUUCCUGGUGAUCGAGUUCCCCCAGUGGGGCGGGAGAUGGGAGACGGGGCCGAGGAGCCGACGGACAGACGGAGGGACACCGCGGCCCACUGGAGCCGCUGUGACGUGCAGGUGUUUGACAUCGUGCAGGAAGAGGAGGAGAAAGCCCCCACCCAGAUUUGGGUCCGUAACUCCGUAAUCCUUCCUGAAAUACCCCCCAGAAACUGGAAACAGCUGGUGACCUCUGACCCGGAAACGAUCCUGUGUAACUCUGUGAAGAUGAUCAGAGAGAGGCUGAGCGUGUCGGGGGACGGCGUGGGAUCCGAGCACCGGGAGAAAGAGGAGGACUAUGUGUACGACCUCUACUACCAGGAGACGCUCACCCCGGGCUGGAUCCAGGACAUCCUGUCCGUCAGACCCUACCUGCAGGAGAACGAGCUGGUUCCAGAGGAGGACCCGGGGCAGGUGGAGAUCUACGAGGAUGAGGAUGAUGAGAACGAGGAAGGGAACUGGAGGAAUGACUACCCUGACGAGGAGAGCAGCGAGGGCGGCAGCGACUUUGAGGAGCGCUGCACGGGGUUCGGGGAGGCCGAAGCGGGGGCGGGGAGGACGUGGGAGAGGUACCAGAGGGAAGCCCUGCGUGAGUACGGCUACGAGAAUGAGGAUGAGGAUGAGGACUCUGGGGGCUCCGACCUGGACUGACGGGCCGCGGACCGACGGCGGCCACCUCCUGCCUCCGUGUGUGUGUGUGUGUGUGUGUGUGCGCGCGCGCGCUUGGAGCGAGGUCAUUUUACAGUGUGUGUCGACUGUGUGUGUGUGUGUGUAUCCUAAGUGUUCCGUGACUUUGUGUGGAGUGAGUUGGACUUGGUGUGCGUAUGUGUAGUAGUCGAAUCGUUCGGUGUGUGUGUGCGUCUCGUGUCGAAUGCAAAAGUAAAGCUAGAUUGCCUGGGAAGUGCUCUGAUUGGCUGUGUGGUGGAUGAUGGCAUUAACGGUGAGGGGUUAAAAAAAAACUGUAAAUAUAUAUAUGUGUACAUACAGCUUUCAAUUAAAAGUGUACUCAGCA